CUAAAAUCUGAUUGGCUGAGCCGCGUUCGAAGCCGUUGUAAAAUCCCCGAUAAACGCACACCUAGGACCACCUCACAUCAUUCCAUAUUAAUACGCCACUGAAUAGAGAAAGUUAAUGUUAUUUUCGCCCUCACGUUGCCUAGCAACACUGUUAAUCGGAUUACCUUGCGUCGCGGAAGAAUGCUUUAUUACGGAGGACAGGAGAGCGCAACAUGGAGGUUCCGAGUGACUUCGACAUUGAUGCUCCCCGCUGGGAUCAGUCUACGUUCAUGGGGCGCCUUAAACACUUCUUUAACAUUACAGAUUGUCGUACUGCCCUGCUGCCUAACAAUAAACUUGAUGAAGCAAAAGCCUUAGUGGAAAGUUGCAGAGCAGGCUCAAUUCCUCCAGGAACCACUAAGGAACAGUUGCUCUAUGCCAAAAAGCUUUAUGACUCAGCAUUUCACCCCGACACUGGUGACAGGAUGAACCUAAUCGGCAGAAUGUCUUUCCAAGUACCAGGGGGCAUGGCCAUCACUGGCUUCAUGCUGCAGUUUUACAGAACUGUGCCGGCUGUGGUGUUUUGGCAGUGGGUAAAUCAGUCCUUCAAUGCGCUGGUAAACUACACUAACCGCAAUGCUGCCUCCCCCAUCACUACAAAACAGAUUGGGGUGGCUUAUGCAACUGCAACAAGCACUGCAUUGGCAACAGCUGUGGGUCUGAACCUCUAUACAAAGAAAGCUCCACCCCUGGUGGCUCGCUGGGUGCCUUUUGCAGCAGUAGCUGCAGCUAACUGUGUAAAUAUUCCCAUGAUGAGACAACAGGAGAUUCUGAAUGGCAUUGCAGUUACGGAUGAAAAUGGAAAUAAACUUGGCCACUCAAAAAAAGCAGCAGCAAAGGGCAUCACGCAGGUUGUCAUUUCACGAAUCACCAUGGCUGCACCAGGCAUGAUUAUCCUUCCUAUUAUAAUGCAGAGACUAGAGAAAUACAGAUUUAUGCAGAAAAUUACAUAUCUACAUGCACCGUUACAAGUAAUGAUGGUUGGAGUAUUCCUGAUCUUCAUGGUGCCGGCAGCCUGUUCACUGUUCCCACAGCAAUGCUCUUUGGCUGUGUCUAAGCUGGAGCCAGAGCUCAGGGAAUCCAUCAUCUCACAGUACGGUGACCACGUGAGAUAUGUCUACUUCAACAAGGGCUUGUGAUGUUAAUACCCUAAUUCUCUCAGGUUACAGGAACAUUGUCUUUCUAGCCAGGACCUGAAAGUGGCUUAUACAGAUAUUUAGGACAUCUUGAUCUUUUUUCUUUUAUUUCUAUUGCAACAAUAGAGGCCUUGUAUUACAAUGUAUUACAAAGUAUCGGGAUCUUGUUUUUGUUCUCUUUUAACCCCACAGAUAGGCCAGCUAAUCAGAAGAAUUCUAAUUAUCUGGCUCCGGUGAGAUGUUAUCUGGUAUUUAAUUAAAACUAGAUAGUGGGUUUAAAUAAUACUGAUUUCAUGUGGAUUGGGUUUCCCCUCAAGGUCCAAUAGUAAGUACUGACAUUUUGAGAUUGGAUUUUAAGUGUCCAAAUAUCCAUGCGCCUAUUACAUUGCACUACCACCUCACCAGUACAAGCAGACAUGCACCUGUUAGAUUAAUCUUCAAAAUGUGUAAUUAUUGAGUGACAAUUUAAACAAUUUAAAUCUGAUCAAAUGAGUUAAAAAUAAUUUAGUCAUCCUUGACUAGUAUUAAGUGGAUUGUUCCUUAGCUUACCAAUCUCUCAGGAAUCUUUUAUUUGAAGAUUAAGCUUUAAUGCUCAUCCUGGUGCAAAAACGGUUGAUUACAAGGUACUUCCAGGCCAUUCAGUUGGUAUAAGUGUUACAGUAAAUGUUUACGGUUAAAUAUAUGAAUAAGCAUAUAGCCAUAAUAACCAAAUAGCAUGCCAGAGCCAUGAAUGGUUACUUAUCUUAUUAAAAAAAAAGUUUGUGAAAAAUGUAUGCUCACUUUGUAAUGUACAAUACAUUGUUGUAAAUUAUAAAUGAGCAAAUAAAUGCAGUUUUACACAAAAGUAUAG